GCCAGCGUCUGCGUGCUCAAACUCGGUACCGUUCAGUGGAGUGGACUGGACCUUGUCACCGGGCAGACUACAGCAGCUAUGGGGACCACGUUUGCGCUUGUAGACCGUCCACACACGGGACCAAGGAACAUGUAGCUCGCCUGCUUUUUGGCGCUCAGGUUCUGCUAGACUACAAACUACAAAGACGAGACGGAGAUGAUGGCGGGGUGCACCCAGACAGCAGCAGCAGCAGCGGGUUUACCGUCGCCCCCAGCCCCACUUUUCUGAAUUAUCAAGUCUGGGAAAAGGGGCUUAUGCAAGAAAAAUCUACGUUAUGUCGGACCCAAGUCACUGGUCAGCGGUACCGGGGCAGAGCAAGUCCAGUUUUGUCCCUGGAGCGUUGCUAAGACGGUCAAAAAGUUGUCGAAGCAGCAACAGGAAGAGUCUUGGUGUGGGGACACCUUCACCCACACUCUCCCGGCCCCUGUCCCCUCUCUCACUCCACACUGCUGCAAGCAGCCCACUGGACAGCCCCCGAAAUGUGUCAACCAAUGCUUGUCUCAACUUUCCAUUUGCCCGAAGUCACCUGGCUCGUGCGGACAGGGUGGAGGGCCGGAGAUGGUCCCUGGCCUCGCUCCCCUCGUCUGGCUACGGCACCAACCCGCCCAGCUCUACCGUCUCUUCCUCCUCAUCCUCCCAGGAGCGUCUUCACCAGCUUCCCUACCAGCCAACACAGGACGAGCUACACUUCCUGUUCAAACACUUUCGCAGCACAGAUUCUAUGACUGAUGAGGAUGGUCGACCGGCUACAGUCAUCCGGCCACGUUCUCGGAGCCUCAGCCCUGGGCGGUCAAGUGUCUCCUAUGACAACGAGAUAGUGAUGAUGAACCAUGUUUACAGAGAGCGUUUCCCAAAGGCCACAGCGCAGAUGGAGGAGCGGUUGUUGGAGAUCGUCACACACUGCUCUCCAGACAGCUCCCUCCCGUUGGCCGAUGGGGUGUUGGGCUUCAUCCAGCACCAGUUAGUGGAGCUGGCCAGAGACUGCCUGGACAAGUCGCAGAAAGGCCUGGUGACUUCAUGCUACUUUGCUGAACUGCAGGAGAAACUGGAAAAGCUACUUCACGAGGCUUAUGAGCGCUCAGAAAGUGAAGAGGUCACCAUCAUUAUUCAGCUUGUCAAGAAACUCCUCAUCAUCAUCUCAAGACCAGCUCGCCUGCUUGAGUGCCUGGAAUUUGAUCCAGAGGAGUUCUAUCAUCUUCUUGAGGCAGCAGAGGGUCAUGCCAAAGUUGGACAAGGUAUCAAGACCGACAUCCCUCGAUAUAUUAUCAACCAGCUUGGACUCACAAGAGACCCCCUCGAAGAAAUCCAGCUAGAACAGUUUGAUGCAAGUCCAACAGCGUCUGCUGAACCAGAGCCCACUGCAGAGAAUAAAGCGCCACAAACCUUGACCCCAACAAGAAGAAAACCCCUUGAAAGUGAUUUUGAGACCAUCAAACUAAUAAGCAACGGUGCCUACGGGGCUGUGUAUUUGGUCCGUCACAAAGAGACACGACAACGCUUUGCAAUGAAAAAAAUAAAUCGUCAAAAUCUAGUUUUGAGGAAUCAGAUCCAACAAGCAUUUGUGGAACGGGACAUUCUAACAUUUGCAGAAAACCCGUUUGUUGUGUCAAUGUUCUGCUCCUUUGAAACACGGCGUCACCUCUGCAUGGUCAUGGAGUAUGUGGAAGGUGGAGAUUGUGCCACUUUGCUCAAAAACAUGGGCCCCCUCCCUGUAGAAAUGUCAAGGAUGUACUUUGCUGAGACAGUUUUGGCUCUUGAGUACCUUCAUAAUUAUGGCAUUGUGCAUCGAGAUCUCAAACCUGACAAUCUGUUAAUUACAUCUAUGGGGCACAUCAAGCUGACGGACUUUGGCCUGUCGAAAAUUGGCCUUAUGAAUAUGACCACAAACCUCUAUGAGGGUCAUAUGGAGAAAGACACGAGAGAGUUUGUUGACAAACAGGUCUGUGGGACUCCAGAGUACAUCGCUCCAGAGGUCAUCCUCCGUCAGGGAUAUGGGAAGCCUGUGGACUGGUGGGCCAUGGGCAUAAUCCUCUACGAGUUUCUAGUUGGCUGUGUACCAUUUUUUGGUGACACUCCUGAAGAGCUUUUUGGACAAGUUGUUAGUGAUGAAAUAGUCUGGCCUGAAGGUGAUGAUGCGCUUCCUGGAGAUGCCCAGGACCUGAUCACCCGCUUGUUAAGGCAGAGUCCGUUAGAACGACUCGGCACUGGUGGAACCACAGAGGUGAAGCAGCAUGCAUUUUUCCUCGGUUUGGACUGGAAUGGGCUCUUGAGACAAAAGGCAGAGUUUAUCCCUCAGCUGGAGGCGGAGGACGACACCAGCUACUUUGACACUCGUUCAGAGCGCUACCACCAUUUAGCAUCUGAUGAAGAUGAGGAAACUAAUGAUGAAGAGUCCUCUUUAGAGAUACGACAGUUUGCGUCUUGGUCCAAUCGCUUCAGUAAAGUUUACAGCAGCACAGAAUAUCUGGCUACACCAUCCAAUCUGAGUUUCUCAUCAGAUCGAAGCCACAGUGAGGACAAAGAGGACCGACUGGAUGUGGGGCUCAGUCCCUCUCAGGCUCCAGCAGAGGGCACUGUUGAGAGGCGGCACUCAGGACGCAUGGCCAGCCUUCGCCCCAGAGCUUCCUCCAGCUCGUCCCAGUCUGAGCGGAGCACUAGUCCUCUGGUAAUGAGCAGCACCCACAGCCUGGAGACAAUGCCUCGCUUUGCACUCUCCACUGAUGAUGAAGCUGAAGUGGUUGUGUCAAACCUACGAAGGAUUCGAAUUCGUAGCAACAGCACUGGGGGAAAACACUCAUCUCCCAAAGACCCCACUGGCCCUCGGCGAUUCGGUAACCAGCUGGAAACGCCAGACAGACAGAAACUUCCGUGUGGAGGAAAAGUCCCUAAGUCAGCCUCAGUGUCUGCGCUGUCUCUCAUUAUCACACCUGAUGAUACUCCCACUGGUCUUCAGCCAAGUCCUAUUUCCCCACGCUCUUUGUCCUCCAACCCCUCGUCUCGAGACUCCUCCCCCAGUCGGGAUCUGUCCUUCAGCCCCAGCAGCCUGAAGCCUCCCAUCAUCAUCCACACCUCAGGGAAGAAGUUUGGCUUCACGGUGCAGGCCAUCCGCGUGUACAUGGGCGACAGUGACGUUUACACUGUGCAUCAUAUGGUGUCGAGUGUGGAGGAGGGCAGCCCAGCUCACCAGGCAGGUCUAUGUACGGGAGAUCUCAUAACACACGUAAACGGAGAGUCUGUCCAAGGCCUAGUCCACCCAGAAAUGAUAGAACUCCUGCUUAAGAGUGGAAACAAGGUGGGCCUUCAGACAAUUGCUCUGGAAAAUUCGUCAAUCAAAGUGGGUCCAGCUCGGAAAACCAAACACAAAGGAAAGAUGGCACGUCGAAGCAAGAAGAGUAAGAGGAGAGACAACUAUGACAGGAGAAGAAGCAUCUUGAAGAAACUGUCCAAGCAGAGCACCGUGAUGCACAGCAGUCGUAGUUUCUCCUCUGGUCUCCAUCACUCCGUCUCUUCCAGUGAGAGUCUCCCAGGCUCCCCCACUCACAGCCUCUCCCCGGGCCCCUCCACACCCUGCCGAAGUCCUGCUCCUGAUCACCAGACCUUUGCAGAUAACCACUCUCCUCAGAGCACUUCUCCCUGCUCGAGCUCUCCAAGUUCUCCGGCUACACACAUUCGCCCAAGUUCACUACACGGACUUAGCUCCAAACUGAGCACACAGAGAUAUACUAAAGUGGGCCGCCGCAAGUCCACAAGCAACAUCCCACCUUCUCCUCUGGCUUGCAACUCCUCGUCUUCCACACAGCCCCUCUCUCCACAGCGAUCACCCUCUCCUCUGCCUGGAUUUGCGAAGUCCUUUCACGCGUACCAUGGCAAAACGCUAUCUCCCCCCACUAUUGUUCGACACGUGCGGCCUCGUAGCGCAGAACCACCUCGCUCCCCACUGCUCAAGAGAGUGCAGUCUGCUGAGAAACUAUCCGGUGUUUACCAUGUAGAUAAAAAGUCUUACGCCCCCCGCAGGCAUACUUUGGAAGUGCCCUUUUACGGGGAGGCGGAUCUUCUCGGGGAUUCGGAGGCGGAGGGUGCUUGCGGCGGUAGCGGUGGUUACAUAGCGACUGAACACGGCAGACUGGGGGGUUACAUCACAGGACAGAGAAUAAGGGAUUCUGGUUUGGACAGGUCCGAGCAACUUGUCGUGAUGCGCAAGCUCAACUUAUCCGAGAGGCGGGAUUCUUUCAAAAAGCAGGAAGCGGUACAAGAGGUGAGCUUUGACGAACCUGAGGAGAAAACCUGCUCCACACCAACCCCACUGAAUCAAACCCAAGCGCAGCUCCAGCACGCCCCCUACAGACCGUCCCUGUCGCUGGGUCGCACGCAGAGCAGUGGGGAGGUGGAGUUGGAGGUCCCGGUGGUCCGCAGGUUUACUCUGGUUCCUCAAAUCGCGGUACAAGGGUCAACGGAAAGUGAAGGACAAGACGAAUGGGAGCCAUGUUCAGACGGAGAGGAUUCGAACGAGAACGCAGAGCUAGAGUUGGAGACGUCAGUGCAGAAACUGAACAUUAUCAGUAACAAGAAGACUGAAGACAACGCUCAAGUUAGACAAGCAACAUCUGAACAUCUGAAGAAGUAACGCGGAUUAGCUCUGCUGUCAAAACUCCCCUCCAAAUGUAACACGCAAGUUGUUAAGGGAAUUCUCAAUCUGUUACACAAACUUGAGAGCGUUGUUAGCUAAUUUCCUUGUGUGUAAGUGUAAGAGUGUGAGAGCCCAAGUGAGACUUUUGUUUACUUGAAUUUUUCUAUUGUAAAUACCUGCUCGAAGGCUUUGUUUAUUAUUUAUUCAAUUAAUCUGACUCUUGAGUUAGAGAGGCAGGGUAUGUGGGAUGUUCUCAUUGGUCGAAGAGCCAAAACUAAACAUUUUGUAUUCGUAAAAAUGUGGUUUGCGUCUUUUGACUGGAUUUUUAAAGAUAAUUGUCUAUUUUUUACCUGAAUCGUUGAAGUACACAGUUGUUUGUCAAUGCUGGACUGAAUUUGCUGCCGGACCAAAAGGUACCAUGUGUAGAUCUGAUUCUAAUUUUUUGAUACGUCUUAAAUGUAAACUUACAGCUUCCAGUGUUUUAUAUCGAGUCACGUUUUUGAAGAUCAGAAAAAUGGGGCACACAAUAUCAUAAUCAAAAGCAUUUUUUUUUUUUUUUUCUUUAUAGGCACAUUCACUCGAACUAAUUUGAACCAUGGGAAAUAAUGAACUAUUUUUCAAGUUCAGUACUUAACAUAAUGAAAACGCGCUUGCAGGUUCUUCCAUUCUUCUUGAAGCACCCCACUGUUAUUCAUUUUAAGCCAGGUCAGAUUGGUGUUCAGUUGUCUCAAUAUUGCUGUGUGCCAUGAAAGCACAUCGUCUAUGCCAUAUCAUUGGAGAUGCUAAUGCUAAGCCAGUGUGCAAAGGUAGAUAUGAGCUGAGAUAUUCUACCACAAUUUCAUUUCGUAAACUUAAAAGUGCCACAUGUUAUGGUAGAGACCUAAUUUAAAGUAGUUUUCAAAAUGACAUGCAGGGAAACUGAAAGGUGUACUAUGUAACUUUUUUAUUUCUUGUCUUCAUGGAGAUGAUAUUGCUUUGCUUAGAAAGUUCCACAGUGUGAUUUGUAAUAACCUUGUAUAUCUUACAUUUACUAAAUCACAGCUGUAUUUAUUGUUAAGAAAUACUUUAAAGGGCCCAUAUUAUGCAAUUUUCUGUGUUAUGUUUCCUCAUCAAAAACCUACCCGGAGUUGUGUUUUGUUUCAUUUACACAUGUUUCACACACAAACCCUGCAUUUUUAGCCUGAGCUCUUCUCGCAAGCAAAAAAGACCCUGUUCCACCUUGUGAUGUCAUGUGGUAAUACAGGUAGUCCUCCGGUAUUACCACAUGACAUCAUGUGUCAUGUGGUAAUGCAGGAUUUUAAAACUCCACACACCUUCACUACAAUCAUUUGGAUAAUUUCAACCCUGGAAUUGCCAAUCUCUACUGAGCUAAAAGUAAAAGGAGCUGUUAACUUAAACUAUCGCUUCAUGACAUCACAAGGUGGAACAGAGCAUUUUGAGCUUUAGAGAUGUAGACAGACUAAUAAUAAUGAAUUUACUCAAACAUGUGAAUGAAACAAAGCAUCUACCUGUUGCCACCAGUGAGAUAAGUUUAAUGCUAUAUUGCGGAACAUUCUAGGCAAAGCAACAGCAUCCCCACGGUGAGAAGAAGGUGGCGAACUCUCCACCUGCAUAAAAGUUACAUAGUACACCUAUAGAUGAGGCACAAUCAGUGUGACAUUUUUGAAAACAGUUCAAUCCAGUUUUCAUUUAAACAAGUGUCAAAAUUCUCCUAAACCUGCAGUGUGUGAUGUUUACAAUACAGAAAUGUGCACUAAUGUAUUUAUACCUGACUUUUGUAUUGAGGAAGAUGACAGACCCAGGGCUCCUUCAAACCGUUACUAUCUGUGUCUUUAGUUUGAUCACAUAUUGUAUUGUGUUGUAUAUUUUGAAGCUGAAUUGACUUCCAAACAUGUUAAAGAGCUUAUGCAGGAGGUUGAACUGGUGCACGACUGGGUUGGGACCAUAGACUGUAUAUAUGUAUGUAUAUAUAUAUAUAUAUAUAUUACACACACACAUACAUACAGUCUAUGGUUAGGACUCUUUAGUAGAACAGUAUUUUCUACAUAGCACAGACUGGAUUUACUUGGUUUCGUUUCCACAGUGCAAAUUGGUUUAAUCAGUGAGUUUUGCUGCAUUUUUGUACUGGUUUUCUCCUUCAAACUACAGGUCUCGUUCUGUCUUGCAAAGUCUUGUCAGUUAAAAGCACGGCAAAAUAUAUAAUGUAGAUAAAUUGUUAGCUAUUUUUGCAGGUUGCCAAAACUUGUUUACAUUGAACAAAUAUAUGUACUGUACCAACACUUUAUAUCUACUGUGGUUGUAUACUUAUUAUGUUCUUUGAUACCACAGGAAGUUAACAGAGAAAAUGCUCGUUUUUGUUCUAAAACAGUUAUAAUUUAGCAGCAAGCUGAUUUCUUCAAAUGUCAAAACCUUCUCAAAUGUGAAGUAGCCAACGUCAACAUGUUCAUCUAUUUACUUGUGUUAUUUUUAAAGGUGUACUAUGUAAUUUUUGUAGCAGUGGGUACGCUGUCUGCUUGUACACGACGAUGCUUAAGCUUUGUCUUGAAUGUUUUACAGUAUGGCAUUAAACUGGUCUAUCUCCAUGGAGACACGAGAGAGUGAGUGAGUCUACCAGCCCAAGUUACAGUUUAGGUCUGUGGUCAUAUGAGCCUAGUGAGUGUGAGAAUGCAUGUUUUCCCAAGGUAUUUGUUUUAACAGUAGAAACACCUGUAAUUGAAUUAAUGCAGCAUAUACAAGUUUAAUGCCAGACUGUGGAACUUCCCAGGCAAUGCAAUAACAUCUCCAUAGGGAAAAGCAGGUGGCACAAACUCCAAUCAGCAAAGUUACACAGUGCGCCUUUAAAGGAACUACACUAUAUCUGCAAACAUAGUUCCUUUGUUGUGUGGCUGUUUAAUUGAGGAUUCAGCUUGUGUUGUAUUGUCACUCUUGAGUCUGUGAGGUGCAGCUGUUCUCUGUGGACACGUCUCUUUGGUGCAUGCUGCAUGGCACAAGCACACUUCUGUAAUACUUGACUGCAUGGUAUAUCGGCGUCUGUGCCCUGUACUGUGUUUUCUUGUGAAAAGGAAUAAAAAUUUUAUUUCUUGAA